CUCUCUGGAAAGAGCAGCUGUGGGGCACGGUGCAAUGGAAGCAGCUGCGGUGGGGAAGGGGAGGGCCAAUGCAAUACACCUUCCCCUCCUCACCCCAAGAACCACCCCCGCAUUCAUAAGGACAUGCAACGUCUCUCAGUGCAACCCCUUGGCGCGGGGCGGACAGACUCCUUCUGCAGGCAGGCCGGGCGAUGCCGCCACGGCGGGGGGCGGCUCGGGCUCUCCCGGGCCUGAGCUGCUAAUCCCUUAAUCUGCAGAGGAAGGGAAGGGACCCCGGGCGGCAGCUGCAAUCCCCGCAGUCUCCGGCCUCGGGCUCCCGCCCCCAUUAGCCGCCUGCAGCAGCCAGCGGCCUCCUCCCAGGUCCCCCACCCUGGUCAUGUGACCAGCCCGGCAAGUUAGGGACCCGGAGAGGGAGGGACACAGCAGGGCGCGCGGGCGGCGGCUGCAGCGCGAGCCGCCCGGAUAGAACGUUCCCCGGUAGCUGCAUUUGGCGCGAGCCGCCCCGGAUAGAACGUUCCCCGGGAGCAGCAGCGGCGCGAGCCGCCCCGGAUAGAACGUUCCCCGGGAGCUCCUCGCUCCUCCUGGGUCCCCGCCUGUCCCGCCGCGAGAGGCUGGGGGCUUGCAGCGAGGGCUCCGCGGAGGGGGGGAGGAGGAUGGAGGGGCGGGUGUGAGGGGGGGGGCCCCCUUGGAGAACAGCCGCCGCAGCCUUCCCAAGAGGAGGAGGAGGAAGCAGCCGCGGAGGCGAGGGACAGAGAUGGCCAACGACUCCGUUCAGGGCGAGCAGAGCUGGUCAGUCCUGGAGCAGCUAGCGCUCGAUCCCAGCCCCGACCUGGCGGCCAGCAGCAUCCAGCAGCGCCUGGACGAGGAGAAGGACCGGAUCCGACGCGAGAUCCGCAAGGAGCUGAAGAUCAAGGAGGGGGCGGAGAACCUGCGCCGGGCCACCACCGACCGCCGGAACCUGGCCAGCGUGGAGAGCGUGCUGCGCGGCUCCGACCGCAAACUGCACCAGCUGCACUGCCGGCUGCAGCACCUGGACGCCCACAUCAUGGUCAAGGAGCCUGAAGAGAGUGGAGAUGCCCCCCAGUCGCCCGACACCCUGAGCCGCUCGGCCGCCAACAAGCACCGCCUGGCCGGGCUGGAGAAGCAGCUGAACAUUGAGCUGAAGGUGAAGCAGGGAGCAGAGAACAUGAUCCAGAUGUACACCAAUGGCUCCACCAAGGACCGGAAGCUGCUGCAGACAGCCCAGCAGAUGUUGCAAGACAGCAAGACCAAGAUCAACAUCAUCCGCAUGCAGAUCCGCAAAGCUGCGCAGGCCGACGUGGUGCCGCCUGAUGGGGAGGACGGGCAAGGGAACCUGGACCUGAGCUGCACGGAGCUGCGCAUCGAGGAGCUGCGCCACCAUUUCCGCGUGGAGCACGCCGUGUCCGAGGGGGCCAAGAAUGUGCAGCGGCUGCUGGGCUCUGCCAGGACGCCAGACCGCAAGGCCAUGGCUGAGGCUCAGGCGAAGCUGACCGAGUCGAGCCAGAAGCUGGACCUGCUGCGCCUGGCGCUGGAGCGGCGCGUGGGGGAGCUGCCCGAGGAGCACCCCAAGGGCUGCAUCAUCAAGGAGGAGCUGAUCAUGGCCUCCUCGUCCGCCUUCAGCGCCCGCAACAGCAUCCCCUACCAGCACAACCAGUACAGCACGCUCUGCAAGCCCUCGCCCCUCACAGGGAUGCUGGAGGUGCAGCUGCUGGGCUGCAGCGGACUGCUGGAGUUGGUGCCUGGCCGGACCCGUGGUGCUACUGUCUCACUGCCAUGCAACAACCCCGGCGAGGUGCGUCCCUACUUCAUGAACCGCAGCGGGCGGGGGCUCUACAGCCGCAGUGGCAGCCUGAGCGGCCGGACUGUCCUCAAAUCCGAUGACUUCAGCAAUGAGGUGAGCGCCGUGCUGAAGCUGGAUAACACUGUGAUGGGGCAGACAGCCUGGAAGCCUGUGGGCCAGCAGGCCUGGAACCAGACCUUCACCCUGGAGCUGGAGAGGGCGCGGGAGCUGGAGAUCUCAGUGUACUGGCGGGAUUACCGCAGCCUCUGUGCCUUGAAGCACCUCAAGCUGGAAGAUUUCCUGGAUAACCAACGCCACGAGAUCCACCUGGACCUGGAGCCCCAGGGCACCCUGCUGGCUGAGGUGACCUUCUUCAACCCCGUCAUUGAGCGCAUCCCCAAGCUCCAGAGGCAGAAGAAGAUUUUCUCCAAGCAGCAAGGCAAGGCCUUCCUGCGCGCCCGCCAGAUGAACAUUGACAUCGCCACGUGGGUGCGGCUGCUGCGGCGCCUCCUGCCCACCACCAGCUCCACCGGUGCCUACAGCCCCUCGGCCCACAUGCCCGCCGGGCCCGGCUCCGAGGGCCACCACAGCCUGGCCAGAGACUUCUCCAUCGAGAAACUGAGCCUGGACAUUGAUAAGCCGCAGCAGGAGCAGCCAGGCCAGCCGGCCGAUAGUGGGGAGCGACUGGAGAGGGGCGCACUGAGCCCGCAAGCAGGAGACAAGAAGCCGGUGCCGGGAGGAGACACCCAAAGGCCUGGGAAUAGCACCCUGCACAGGACGACGCCCUUGACGCUGGAUGACUUCAGGUUCCUGGCCGUGCUGGGACGCGGGCACUUCGGCAAAGUGCUGCUCUCCGAAUACAGCCGCACAGGGGAGCUCUACGCCAUCAAAGCCUUGAAGAAGGGCGACAUUGUGGCGCGGGACGAGGUGGAGAGCCUGAUGUGCGAGAAGCGGAUCUUCGAGACGGUGAAUAGCUCGCAGCACCCGUUCCUGGUGAACCUCUUCGCCUGCUUCCAGACGCCUGAGCACGUCUGCUUCGUCAUGGAGUACACGGCCGGCGGCGACCUCAUGAUGCACAUCCACACGGACGUCUUCACUGAGCCACGGGCCACGUUUUACGCUGCCUGCGUCGUCCUUGGCUUGCAGUUUCUUCACGAGCGCAAAAUAGUGUACAGGGACCUGAAGCUGGAUAAUUUAUUACUGGACAAGGACGGUUUUGUGAAGAUCGCAGACUUUGGCCUGUGCAAGGAAGGGAUGGGCUAUGGCGACCAUACCAGCACGUUCUGCGGGACCCCCGAAUUCCUGGCGCCCGAGGUGCUGACAGACACGUCCUACACCCGCGCUGUGGACUGGUGGGGGCUGGGCAUCUUGGUCUACGAGAUGCUGGUGGGGGAGUCCCCGUUCCCAGGUGACGACGAGGAGGAGGUGUUUGACAGCAUCGUGAAUGACGAGGUGCGGUACCCCCGCUUCUUGUCCACCGAAGCCAUUGGCGUCAUGCGCCGGCUCCUGCGCAGGAACCCGGAGCGACGCCUGGGCUCCAGCGAGCGGGACGCCGAGGACGUCAAGAAGCAGCCGUUCUUCAGGUUCAUUGACUGGGAGGCCCUGCUGGCCCGGCGGCUCCCUCCCCCCUUCGUCCCCGUCAUCAAGGGGCGUGAGGACAUCAGCAACUUCGACGAGGAGUUCACGGCCGAGGCACCCGCACUGACGCCGCCCCGCGAGCCGCGCCCGCUCUCCGCCGCCGAGCAGGAGGCCUUCCGCCACUUCGACUACCUCGCGGACACCUGCUAGCCCAGGGGAGAGCUGGGCCGCGGGAGUGGACGGGGGGUUUCCCACCAGCACCCCCUGGGGCUCUGAAGGACUCUGCGGAGGAAGCCUGCCCCCACCUGUGUGAAGGACUCACUGGGGCGGGGAGUCGGCCUGGAUCCGUGCUUUGGGGGCAGUUUGGCUCCAAGGCCACAGAAGCAGGACAGCGGAGGUGGAUCUCUUGGAAUCCAUGCCAGGACCGCUGCCCCCAACCCCACCUGCCCCCUGUCUGAGCCCCCCGCUGCCCCUUCUGUCCAUAACUUUCUCUUGGACCGCUGUAGUUUUGCCAACUAGUGGAGGGGAUGAGCACAGAGCUGGCCCCGCCCUGGUUCCUACCCCAGUCUGGGUCUGGCCUUGGGGCUUCCAUGGGUGAAAGGCCGAGCCCCGCCCCCUGCUCCCAGAUGCAGGGGUGCAGCGAGAGGAGGGGUCUGUGCCUUGCGUCCUGGGCAGGGGAAGGAUGGGCACUGAGGGGAGGAUGGGCACUGAGGGAAGGUGGGGGCCUUGCCAGGCCAGGGUGGAGUCAGCUCGUGGGGGUGGGGAGCUGUUGGACCCUCAGGGCAAGUAGGGGCCACUCUGAGGGCAGAGGAGUGGCACCCAAUGUUGGGUCCUGGGGGAGGACUGGUGGGAUGCUCCAUGGCCAGGUCCCAGAAGAGUGCCCAGGAGAGUCCUCCCCCGCCCCAUACAGUGACCCAGCCCCCUGCCCUUGCCCCUCUCUGAGACCCUGGAAACCUCCCCUGAGCUAGGGGGCUUUAUGCCCUGCAGCCCCUCAUCCUACUGCAGCUCUACCCAGGGCUCAGCUGCCCUCUUCCCAUGGCUGUAGGCCCAUCUGGUCCCCCAGGACCUGGCAAGGGGCAGCCCAGCCCUUUGCCCGAGGGCUCUGCCUCGUAUCAUGGAUCAUUUGGAGUAUCUGGAGCCGGGUGACGCAGGAACUGGUGGAGGCAGCUGCCGCUGGGCGGGGCAUGGGGGCUGUUUAUAGAGGGAGCCCUGGCCUGGCACUGAAAUGCAGCUGCCUCUGGGGUGGGCUGUUUCAGCUGCUUAACAGCCACCAGCAACAGCACACAACAACUGGAGGGGAAGGAACUGGAGGCAGGCUGCAGGGGCUGCCCCAAGGGGACUUUGGCCAGAAAGCUGGCGCUCCCACCCGUCACUGGCCAUGGGCUGGGCCAUGUUUUUAAGAACACGGUGGCCAAACACCUGUUGGGGACGGUCUAGGUACCUGUGGCCCUGCCUUGGUGCAGGGUGCUGGACUUGACCUCUCGGGUCCCUUCCAGCCUGAUGACUGAUCAGGGCUCCAGCUUUAAUUCUAAGCCAAAACCGGGGGGGCCCUGUGCAUUGCCUUGAAAGGGAGAGUGCCCCCCUCCCCUGCUCCUUGCAGCACAGUGCCCCCUAGUGCCACGCUGUUGUUUUAGGGUCAGCACUGACUGUGAAGGGAGAGUGCCCCUGCCAUGCUCCCCCACCCUGCUUCCUGUAGCACAGCACCCCCAGUGCUGUAUGGGGGCACUGAGCCCCUGUCCCACUCCCUGCAUUUUCCUUGUCUCUCACGUGUCUGACCGCACUCAGCAUGAUAUCCUAGCUCCCCGCUCUGCAUUGCAUGAAGGUUAAAGGGGCUGAAGCCACAUCACCCCUGAUAAAGGGAAGCAGGGGCCUCCCUGGGUAUGACUGGGGUGAGAGCUGGGGGCUGCUGGCCCCAUGGGGAUGGGGCAGAGCCCAGGCAGGCACAAGGGCUGAGGGCACAGCAGAUCCACAGCGGCUGGGGGUAAGGAUUCCCUGUGUACUCCCAUGCCCGGUGGGGGAGGGCAAGGGGGGAGAUGGCCACUGUCUCUAAAUUCCCACCCACGGGGUGCUGCCCUGUCCUGCAGCGCCUCCCCAUGGGGGCUUCAUGCACUUGCCUGUUGCUCCAGCCUCCACUGAGCUGUGCCCCUGACCGCAGUGUUGGGGUUGCAGGGAAGUGUUGCCACAAGAGGGGCCAUUCUCCCUGGUCGGCAGGAGUCAAGCCCACUGCUUAUGAAUGGGUGGGGGGGUCUAGCAAUGGAGGUGGGAUUGAGAAUCAGGACUCCUGGGUUCUGUUACUGAUGGGGAAAAGAGAAAGGUCAAGUGGUUAAAGAGGGGGCAUGUGGCCAGAAGUCAGGGUUCUGUCCUGGACCUAGGAGUGUGAGCUCUGGUGGUUAGAGCAGGAGGGGCUGGGAGCCAGGAUUUCUGGGUUCUGUCAUUGGCUCUGCCACUGACUUGCUGUGUGCAGCUGGUGGAGUCACGUUUCUGUGUGCCUCAGUUUCCCCUUCCGUAACAUUCCCGCCCCUGCCUGUCAGCCUUUGGGGUGGGGUCGCUGUGGCUCCAGGCAAAGGCUCAAAGUUACAGUCCCCCUGCCAGCGCCCUGCCACCCGCCUGCCUUUUAACUACCUCUGUCCCCGCAGGGAGACCCUCGGGCUGUGUUCUGUGGGGUGAGAGGGAGCUAAUCAGCUGCCUUUGUGGUAUGAGAUAUGAAUAGUAAAUUAUAGACCAGUUAAGCAAAUGUCGCA